AUGGGUGGCGCUAUCAAAGUUCUUGUCAUACAGAUUCUGGCGGUGAACAGAAAUAGCCGCAAUGCUGCAUUAUCAAGCACAAUCGCCGUUAGACACAUAUCUAUAAUCAAAAAUGAUUCAGUUGAAUAUCCUGGGCAUCCACAAAAGCUGCAGGGAGUCCAAAGUAUUGAGUAUUGGGUAUUGGGUAAUGAUGAAGAAGAUCUCUUGAAAAUAUGCAAAUGGCUGCGUAUCUAUCCUGGACAGGCCAGACAGAUAAUUCUCUCAUCAAGAUACAUCUCCUUUUCCUUUUACAGAGAAAGAGAGGCCUUAUCCUCCAAUGAGUUAUAUGAUAUAGAAAAUGUCCAUAGAUCCAACUCAUACGCUCAUCAGCAGAAAUAUUUUUGCUAA